AUGCCUCGAAGAAUCCUGAACAAAGCAAUAGAUAGACUGAACAAAGUUGUGACUCAAUUAAAUAUCGCGUUGACACUUGCUGAGGAUAGAAUCCAAGACUUUGAAGUCACUGACAACAAAUCUGAAGUAUAUCGGCUGAUCAAAGUAAGCAUACUAGCACUUGACAAUCGUAUCUCAAACUUACAAAAGGCCUGCGACGAAGUCAGAAAUUAUGCCGAUGUUCUGGACGCAGAGUUUACGGAAACUGAAGAAAUCGAACUCAAAUUACUAGAGAGGUUUAGUUCGAUCAAUUUAUUCCUGACAGAAAACAAGCCAGCGAAGCAAGAAAUACAUCCAGUCCCACAACUUGGUCAACACGAAGUAAAUCAACAACCAAUCCCUCCAGAUGAUCAACAAGCACCGGUCCAACAGCUCGUACUGCCGCCGACACCUCAAGUCGUACCGCCGCCGACACCUCAAGUCGUACCGCCGCCGACACCUCAAGUCGCACUGCCGCCGACACCUCAAGUCGCACUGCCGCCGACACCUCAAGUCGCACUGCCGCCGACACCUCAAAUCGUGCUGCCGCCGACACCUCAAGUCGCGCCCCCAGUACCGACGUUUCAAGUCGCGUUUCAACCACCUGUACAACAGUUCGAUCAACCCGCUAAUGCACCAGUGCCUCAAGUAGAAGUUACACAAAAUAACUUUUUGAACAAUUCAAUUCCAACAGCUCAUAUUUCAGGUAUGAAUCCACAAUACACUCAAUUUAAUUCUGUUCAAUUGCCACGUAUUGAUUUGCCCGUCUAUUCAGGCGAGUAUACGGGGUGGGCUGAAUUUUGGGAUAUGUUCAAUGCUGCUGUAGGUUUAAAUCCACAACUUAGUCCUAUAAUCAAAUUUGCUUAUUUGAAAAGGUCGUUAGAGGGGGAGGCUCUAGAAGUAAUAACCGGCUUAGAUCUUACUAUAGUAAAUUACAGUUUGGCACUCCAGCUUUUGACCGAACGAUUCGGCCAGCCACAUCAAAUUAUCGCUGCUCACAUGCGUGCAUUACGCACAGCAGACGCACCCAAUUAUGAUGCCAAUUCUUUACGGAAAUAUCAUGAUACCCUGGAAAAGCACAUCAGGGCACUUCGUUUAUUAGGUGUACCAGAGGCGGGCUAUGAGAAACUCCUCAUACCCAUGAUACUGGAUACAUUCCCAAUUCAAUUUCAACAAAGUUUAGCGCGAUCCAACCCAAGCGGGGAAUGGACAUUAGUCACACUCAGUCAGCACAUGUUACACGAGGUUAAAAUCCUCGCCAUAGGACAGGUAGAUUACGACACAAACCCUUCAGCAAUACAUGCUUUCACCCAGAGUACACAUGACUCAACACAGUUCAAGUCCAAACGAUAUGGGCGUCGUAAUUACAAUAAUACUGACAAAUCUUACAGUGGUACCACAUAUUCUGAUCAACAGAAACAAAACCAUGUCACACAAACUGAUCACACUCAUGGUAGAACACAAAUUGGUGACAGAACCCCACAUUGCAUAUACUGCAAAGGCAAGCAUUACACCACAAAUUGUACAAAUAUUUCAACUAGGAAGGAUCGAGUCGAAUUUAUUACCCAAAAUAAACGAUGCUUUAAUUGUUUGGGAAAGCACAUGUUGUCUCAAUGUAAGUCGCAUUUCACUUGCCGUGUUUGUAAGAGUAAACAUCAUACGUCAAUUCAUUUUGAUAAAUCUGGAACUGCGCAAACAAAUUCAACGAAUUCUAGCACGGCAAACUCGCAUUUUUCACAUUCAGCAAAUACUGGUGAACAAUCGCGUUUUACCGGGAGUGACUCAAAAAUUAACUCUGACAGUCCGCGACGCGCAAUGCUUCAAACCGCACGAGUUAGUACGCAUUUUCGAGGUACUAACUGUGUUGCUACCCUUCUAUUUGACAAUGGCAGUGAUAGAAGCUUUGUCACAAACUCUUUCGCACGUAAACUAGGUGUAAUCCCAAAUUAUAACGAAUUAUUGAGUCUGAAUUCGUUCUCCAAUCCGCGUUCCGGUGUGCAGUCCAUACCGAGAACCACGCUGUCACUACAAAGCAAAGGUGGCAUUAAAUCCCCGAUCGAUGUACUGAUGGUCGACUGUAUUUCCGAGGGAUUGGAGAACACUGUAACUUACGAUAUUGCACGUUUGCCACAUUUGAGAGGUCUAUCGUUGGCCUAUCCGCCGUCAAAUCGAUCCACAUUAAACAUCGAUAUUCUGAUAGGCGCCGAUCACUAUUGGGAUUUUGUUACACACAACUCACACAUAGUUAGGGGCAAACCAAACGCUAUACCGACUGUCUUUGGGUACCUAUUGUCAGGGCCUUUCACUACACACAACAGGACAAACAAAACAAAUUCAUUCACCAUUGCUUCUAUCAGAGCACAUGACAGUGUAAUGGAUAAAAUGAUUGCUAGUUACUGGGACCUGGAGUCAGUGGGUGUUAAAGAUACGAUUACAAGACGACAGGCACUCAACAUUACACAUGAACAACAAUACAAAGAAUAUACCGAAAAAUCCAAAAUUGAAAAUAAUAUUUCGACCCCAAAAGUGUCCGAGAAAUGUGCCCAGUGUCCGACCACUGGUACGAGUGACACCGUUAGCGAUCGACCGCUACUUUGUACGCCCCCAAGUCAAUCCAGAGGACAUGUCAAUUCGGAGAACGAAAUUAGUCCUCAUUUCCAUAAAUCAGCAGAAGAUUUCAUAAAAACUGCUGAAACAGUGUCAGGAGAUAUCAUCGAUACAAACCGCGAACCUCCUGAGCUACAAAACUCCAAAAUUAAUGAUCAGAUCGUUUCGUUACAUGUCGCCUCUGAAUCUGACAAUUUACUCGGCCACCAUUUUGAACUUCACAAUGAGCCAAACAUCGCACCGAAGGAGAUUAUUCACGCAACUGAAUCAAACUCAGAACCUAGUCUUGAAAAGAUUAUCGAUAUUCGCCGUUUCAACGAUCUACAUCGUCUGUUGAAAGCAACUGCUUAUAUAUUUCGUUUCAUUUCGAAACUCAAAUCCAAAUUGAACCACACUCCGAGUAAUUUGUCAAGUAGCCCUGAGUACAGUCCUUAUUCAUUCAGAUCAACAGCAAUCAAAGCCAUUAAGCAAUCAAAAUAUAAGUGGGCAUUUAAUGCCUUGAUUAACAACAGUAAGGUAGCAAAAAAUGCUUUCCAUUCUGUCGUUUAUGAUUUAGUGAAGCGAGAAGUUUGGCGUUAUUGCAAGGGAGAAAGGCUAACUUCCAGAUUGGUAACGCUUGAAAAUCUGGAAAAAUUUGAUUGGAAAGAUGUGGUAAAUGAAGUCAAAAACCUACUUCCAACUGUCUACCACACAUUAUCAUCUUUGUUGACAACACGAAAAUCAGAGCAACACGGAAUUUUGAAAGCCAAUGGAAAAUCUGGUCCAUUAGCAGCGCAGUUUGGAUCUAUGGUAUCUAUAGGAUUGCAUAUCAGAAAACCAAGAAAAUUUAAAUUCCUUGCUUCCGUAAAUGCAGUGGAGAUGUGGCGAUGUGGAUGUAGUGAAAGGCUUUUCCAGUGUUUCAGCAAUAUGGGGAUAAGCUUGACAAAGGCUGGAGGCAGGGGAGUUGUUGACAGGCUAAGGGCUGGUUAUGAUAAGGAAAUUCUUCUUUGGAAAGAAGAAAUAGCAUCAAAGUUACAGCCAGCUCAAAAUGCAGUAUCAAAUGUAGCCCGUCAACUAUUCAGUGAUACAUGCAACAUACAAUUUGACAGUGACAGUUGGAGUUCUGAUGCUGAUACCAGCUUUGAAGAAAUGACAUUACAGUGUGGGCUAGAUGUUGACACUGGUCAUGGUGGUAGAAGUGGUGAUACUGGUUAUGGUACUACAGCUGGUUACACUGGUCCAAGUGGUGACAUUGGUCACGGUACUACAGUUGGUUACACUGGUCCAAGUGGUGACAUUGGUCACGGUUCCACAGUUGGUUACACUGGUCCAAGUGGUGACAUUGGUCACGGUUCCACAGUUGGUUACACUGGUCCAAGUGGUGACAUUGAUCACGGUUCUACAGUUGGUUACACUGGGCCAAGUGGUGACAUUGGUCACGGUUCCACAGUUGGUUACGCUGGUCCAAGUGGUGACAUUGGUCACGGUUCUACAGUUGGUUACACUGGUCCAAGUGGUGACAUUGGUCACGGUUCUACAGUUGGUUACACUGGUCCAAGUGGUGACAUUGGUCACGGUUCCACAGUUGGUUACACUUGUCCAAGUGGUGACAUUGGUCACGGUUCCACAGUUGGUUACACUGGUCCAAGUGGUGACAUUGGUCACGGUUCCACAGUUGGUUACACUGGUCCAAGUGGUGACAUUGGUCACGGUUCUACAGUUGGUUACACUGGUCCAAGUGGUGACAUUGGUCACGGUUCCACAGUUAGUUACACUGGUCCAAGUGGUGACAUUAGUCACGGUUACACAGUUGGUUACACUGGUCCAAGUGGUGACAUUAGUCACGGUUCCACAGUUGGUUACACUGGUCCAAGUGGUGACAUUGGUCACGGUUCCACAGUUGGUUACACUGGUCCAAGUGGUGACAUUGGUCACGGUUCUACAGUUGGUUACACUGGUCCAAGUGGUGACAUCGGUCACGGUUCUACAGUUAGUUACACUGGUCCAAGUGGUGACAUUGGUCACGGUUCUACAGUUAGUUACACUGAUCCAAGUGGUGACAUUGGUCACGGUUCUACAGUUGGUUACACUGGUCCAAGUUGUGACAUUGGUCACGGUUCCACAGUUGGUUACACUGGUCCAAGUGGUGACAUUGGUCACGGUUCCACAGUUGGUUACACUGGUACAAGUGGUGACAUUGGUCACGGUUCUACAGUUGGUUACACUGGUCCAAGUGGUGACAUUGGUCACGGUUCCACAGUUGGUUACACUGGUCCAAGUGGUGAUAUUGGUCACGGUUCUACAGCUGGUUACACUGGUCCAAGUGGUACAGGGUGUGAUAUUGAUAUAAUUGAAAUGGAAAUAUCUGAAACAUCUCAAGUUAGGAAAAAUCCAGGUUAUUCACUGGCAUGGGAUAAUGUUCAGAUACAGAGUACUGCUCAUUAUCAAUCCACUACUAAUCAGAACAAAAUGCUGAUGUGGGCUAAUGCCUAUGCUGCAAAAAAUAGAAUAUCUUACUCUCAUGAAGAAGAUAAAACCACAGUCAGUGCAAAAGACCUUUCAUUCCAGAUCUAUAUUCCAUCACAGAGAAUGAUAGAUUCACACAGAAAAAGAAUGAAAACUAUUGUUUCCAGAAUAAUUUGUGAAAACCUUUCUCACUUCAAUAAAUAUUAUUCUGACUGCGUAGAAGUCCAUAUUGAACAUGAAUAUUCUGAGGAAUCAGCUAAAAGAAGUGAACUGGUAAACCUGGGAGUGAUUCAAGAAAAUCCUUCUUCUCUAUCUGGUGUAAUAGCCAUAUUGGACCAUCUUUAUACAUAUGUUCCUGUUAAUGGUGAUCAAACACAUGUUUUAAUGUGUCAUGGUGAUGGAUUGAGUGUGGAAAGGCACAUUGAUGCUCAUAGAACCCGGGCUGGAUGCACAACAACAAAGGGAAGACUACAAGGACUGGAACCUGUUUCACAGGAGUUCCACAAAAGGGGUAUUAUCUUGCAAGACAUCAUGAAUGAGUUUUUCCUUGGGAAAAGUGCGUCAAAUAGAGGGACCUUGACUCACAUCAAAAACAAAUUUAGACAUCGAAAUGUCAAGAAGAAAGUAAUGGAUUCCUUCAACCAUGUAGCAAACUUCCUAUCAUUUGUGACAUCUGGCUUGGUUUGCCUUCUUGUUAUGAAGAAACUUGGUUUGUCUUCAUUAAAAGGAAAGCCAGGAAAUUCUGUAUACAAUGGCACCAUUGAGGAGAGAACAGAGUUUCUUGACCAACUCGCCAAUGAAGUUGUUGAUGAAGUGUGGUUAAUGAAAGACACGUCAGUACUAGAAGAUAUUGUUACAGGUACAGGUAGUGAUGCAGGUGGUGAUGGUUGUUUUAAUGCAACUGGUGAUAAUGAUGUAGGUGAUGAUUCUGGUAUACAUGAAGAGGAGGAGGAAGAGGAAGAGGACUACCCAUACUGUUUAUGUGGAGAAGAUAUUGGAGGUAUGAUGGUUGAAUGCUGUAAUGGUGGAUGUGGUAAUGGAGAUUGGUUUCACUUAAAAUGUGUAGAACUGACUGAACACACAGUGCCUGCAGAUGAUGCAGAUUGGUUUUGUUCAGAGACAUGUUCAGCACAAAAACUACCACGUACAACAGCAUCCUGCUGUUGCAAGAACAGAAAUCAUGAUCAUGUACAGACUUAUACUUGCGCCUUGUUGUGGCGUUGCCUUAGUGAUUUGACAAGGAGGGAUGCAAUCAGAGAAAAUGAUGGGGAAGCAAUGCUGGACCACUGGACAUUUGACAUGUUAGAUUUCUGGGAAAGAAAUCAUAAUAAAUACAUGAUUCUAGGGCACAGGCUAAUUGCAGGCGUUCAUGGAUGGCUACCAAAGAGAUUGGCACAUGACCUUGUUUGGAAUCGCACAAUUAAUAUACAUGGAGGCGCAGGCAGAAACAUUGGGAUGGACCUGGGAACUGAGUUUCUCAAUAAUGAAUUCAAAGAUACAUUGAAGAAUUCACGAGGCCGCUAUACAGACAAGCAGGUAGCCAGAAUGAGCCAGAUGGUUGGUAGCUUGGGUCAAGCACUUGGUAAUCUAUAUCAGCACAAAGUAGCCAAUACACAUGUUGCCACAUCUCAAGGUGGGAAAUCAAGUUAUAAAGCUGAUAUAAAAAAAUUUGUGAAAGAAUAUAAAGCAGAUAAAUUAUUUGAUGUGAUACCGGGCAGACAGCAUGCCGCAUUUCCUGGAUAUCACCUAGAUACCACAGUAAAAAGGCCACAAGCUUUCAUCAAACGCUUAACAAAGUAUACAACUAAGCUGGAAAAUUAUAGGGAAAAUUUGCCUCAACAAUAA